CGUCCCCAAAAUCAUCAAUUGGAUCCACUGUGUGAUUGAUGCCAAUCUGUUGCUCCCACUAUCUGCCUUCAUCUACGACUAUGGCUGGCAACGUCGAAGGAAACGUUGAAGUAACUUGCAACGAGCAGAAUACUGGAUGGGACCUCACAUCUUUCGAAUUUGAGGUAGACCGCAUUGUUGGUGUCCGAAGAACUGCGGACGAUGAUGUCGAAUAUGCCGUCCAAUGGUCAUCGGUGACCAUCCGCAUCGGGCAGGCCGAUGGAUACCUGGUUCACUCGAAGGUCAACGGAGUGCCAUUGGUUGACUUCGUUCAGGAGUACAUUCAGACAGAUCAAGGUCAUCUCCAGGUCGUUUGGCUGCUUACCUGGGAGCCUUCAACCGUUUUGGAAGAACAUGAAAGAAACGUCGAGCUACACUCCUGGGGCGACUGAAAUGCCACUACUGCAACCAGGAUCCACGUGGUUGACGAGCGAGCGCUGUUCAGUAUCGUUGGCGAAAGACUAAGUGCAAUCGUCAAGUCCAUGUACUCGCCGCGUCUGAUAGAAUACGAUCCGAAUGUCAACAUAACAACUUCCAUAGACCUGCUUCACAUAGUACGUUCGAGAUAGUCUUGUACCAAGCAGAAUCUC